GAUCCUCUUAGAGGAGGUCGGUGACGUUUGCCGCGCUGUGGACUUUGCUGCCGAGACGCAGGAUCCAGAGCUCUGGGAGCAGCUCGUGAGCUUUGUGUUGCAGCCCGACCAUUCGCACCUUCUCGUGCCGCUCCUGGAUCAGCUUGACAACUUGGAGGCUCGGCGCUUGGCUGCUGUCGGUGCGGAAUCGCAGAAACCGCAACCUCCGCCAAUGGCAACGCCUUCCCAUGUGUUGCGGCUGCUACCAGGCGAGACACCCUUGGCGCGCAUCGCAAGCUCAAUCCAACGA